CUAUAAUAAAAAUAUAUUAUAUAAGUGGUAAUAAUUAAAUAACAUUAUUAUAUAUACUGAUAUCAUUGGGUGUAAUUUAUCACCUUCGAUAUGGUUUAUUUUAAUUAUUAAUUUUAAUUAUAUUAAAAUUAUAGUAUUUAAAUUUACAUGGAAAGAUAUAUAUCACUAAUAUUUGUGCUAUCGCCAGUAAUACGCUUUCUGUGUAACCCGGAACGAAAAUGGAAUCAAAAACGAAGAUAUACAGGACGUUUUUUGACAUAUUUUUUAAUAUUUUUGACUAUUUUAUAUAAAUUAUCUAAAAAGGAAAAGAAUUGUUUUCAAUUAUUAAAUGUGUCACCCUUCUCAUCAUUUGAUAUUAUCAGAAAAUCAUUCAAAACUGUCGCAUUUAACCUGCACCCCGAUCGCAACACAUCUAAAACAUCAACCACCGACUACUCAAACUUAGUUGAAAAGUAUAAAUUCAUUUCAUCUCCAGAUAAUCGCUACAAAUACACGCGAUUCUAUGAUCUGGUUAGAAAGGAUGAUAGAACGUUUCAUGAAAUCUCUAUACUGGACCUCAUUUCCUUAUCACUCUUGAAGAGUUUUGUUUCCAUUACAACCACUUUUUUUAUGUUGUUUACAAACGGAGAGAAGGUACUAUGGCAUCCAUUGCUCGUUUAUGCAAUUUUUAUGAUGUUUUUUGAUCUUUAUCUCCGACUGUCAGAUGAGCUGUUUUUCACAACUAAGCUCCCUUUCAUUAGGUACUAUGUUACAUUUGAAAUAUUAAUGAUUUUCAAUGAAAUUAAAGCAUUUUUCAUCCACUACUCCACUUUGUUUCCUGACGAUUCCAGGAUCUUAACUUCGAUUGGAGCUACCAUGCUCUCAAAUAACCUAAAGGUUAUUGACAAACUUGAUUCAAUUUUGAAUAUUUUUAAUUUCCCGGCAUUUUCUAAAGAUUUUGAACUAGAAUUUGACAAAGAGAAGGUAUUUGGCGAAAUUACAGAAAAGGUAGAAGAGACUAGGAACAAGAUAAUGAAGAUUUAUAAUGAGAAAUUCGAUGUGUCUUGGUCAAGAGCAUCGAAAAGGAAGUAUGAAAAACUAUCGAGAAUUGGAGAGAGAUUUACUAUGGAACCAGGUUCCAUUUUAUCAUUUCUUUUUAUAUCGGCGAUAAUAAUUUUGAAUUUAUUAAAGUAGUUA